CUCCUCUUCCUCUCCUCCUCCUAGCUCUCUCUUGUCUGCGCACCACUCGAGUCGAGAGACGAAAACCACCUGAUCCUUCCUUCCCCGUCUUCCUCCUCCCACACGUCCCCAUCGCCAUUGCUGCGCCGAGAGUGAGCGGGAGAGGGUAGGUGUCGAGGCGGCGGAGAUGGGGCGCGGACCGGUGCAGCUGCGCCGGAUCGAGAACAAGAUCAACCGCCAGGUGACCUUCUCCAAGCGCCGGAACGGGCUGCUGAAGAAGGCCCACGAGAUCUCCGUUCUCUGCGAUGCGGAGGUCGCGCUCAUCGUCUUCUCCACUAAGGGGAAGCUCUACGAGUACUCUAGCCAUUCCAGCAUGGAAGGCAUUCUUGAGCGUUACCAGCGUUACUCAUUUGAAGAAAGAGCAGUACUUGACCCAACUAUUGAAGACCAGGCAAAUUGGGGAGAUGAAUAUGUCCGGUUAAAAUCCAAACUUGAUGCACUUCAGAAGAGUCAAAGGCAACUGUUAGGAGAACAAUUGGAUUCACUAACCAUAAAAGAACUCCAGCAACUGGAGCAACAAUUGGACAGUUCUUUGAAGCAUAUUAGGUCAAGAAAGAAUCAGCUCAUGUUCGAUUCAAUUUCCGAGCUUCAGAAAAAGGAGAAAGCACUUACAGACCAAAAUGGUGUCCUGCAAAAGCUCAUGGAGGCAGAGAAGGAGAAAAACAAUGCUUUAAUGAACGCACACCUCCGGGAGCAGCCAAAUGGAGCAUCAACAAGCUCCCCAUCACUGUCACCACCAGUAGUUCCAGAUUCCAUGCCAACUCUAAAUAUUGGGCCAUGUCAACCUAGAGGAGCAGGAAAAUCUGAGCCUGGUCCGUCUCCUGCUCCUGCACAAGCAAACAGCGGCAACCUGCCACCAUGGAUGCUCCGCACUGUCAGUAACAGGUGAGCUCUUCCCAAUGCAGUUUUGCGGCUGAACUCGACAGCUACACACCUGCCACCGACACGCUUCGGUGACCCAGGCAUCAACAGAUGCAUGAUCCCUCUCGAUCCCGUGAUCGAAUACCGGCGUAGGUGCUACUAAUAAAGUCAGGCCCCGUCAAAUGCUUUACAUGGUGAUUGAAGUCUGGAGCUUCUCAGCACCACUAUAUUGUGUUUCGUUCUUGCGUUUACUGCCAGAGCCACCUUUUUUUCUCCGUUCUACGAGCUUGGUGUAGCUUUGUGUCGGAGAUUCUACUACUAUGUUUCCUCUGUCCUGUGUAUGCUUUAACGGAGAUGUAUGUUGUACCCGUGGUGAUGUUUUUUUUUUGUUGUUGUAAAAAAAAGAAGGCUCUUUUCUCCGAAAUGUUAUAAAGAGUCUCAAAAGUGUCAAACAUGCGUGACUUUAAUUCUGAACUGUACGUUUCAGAAUUCAGCGUCUUGACAAUUUGAACUGACUAGCUUCUAGUCAUGGUAAUGAUACACAUACCCUGGUGA